UGUCGUGCACGCGCACAAGCUCGAGAACACGCGCUGGUCAAAACCGAUGGUCGCGCACACAAGCGAACAUCACACAAUCAUUCUGAAAUUAAGCUGAAUUAAAACGUCCUCGGUACAAGACUGGAGUUAUUCGAGAUCAGAGUUAGAAUUAGGCGUCUCAAAUGGAGACAGAAGCCAUGGAUGUCCAACAGCAGGACAGGGUCGUGGCCCGGGAAAAUCACGUCCACACAACACAACCACAGGCCACCAGCAAACCUGAAGUCACCGGUCCCAUCUCAGUUGAGAUUGUUCACAACGGAAGCAACGAGUCCCUGACAGACGGUGUCACAUCAAGUGAUGAUGCUUUACUGCUUCCAGGCCAUAUACCUACAAUUUCACGCAAAAUAGAUAAAGCAAACGCGAAGCCCAGUUUUCCCAAUAGCUCGUCUCCUCCUGUCAUCAAUGGCUCUUCUAUCAUCUGCAAACCGCCUGCUUCUUCAUCAGGAGGAUCGACGCCUCGUGCUUCAGCACAACAGAAAUGCAAGCGACAUGCAAAGUGCAACGGACACAAACACCCUCACAGAAAACACACACCCUCCACUUCCAUGAGCCAGCAGAGCUUCAAAGGCGAUGCCUCGCAGAUACAGAGAGUGGCAGGAGACGACUGCUGUGCGCACUGCAUACUAGCCUGUCUGUUCUGCGAGGUGCUGUCGUGCUGUUCAGCCGUGGCUCAGUGUUUGGCCUGCGGGCUGGAGUGUGACGCUCUCUGUUGUUGCGGGGAAGCAGCCACCGGAGGUCUUGCGUGCUGUGCUGAGGACACCUGCUCUGCCCUGCUGGAUUGUGGGAUACUGGAGGACUGUUGCCAGUCUUCAGACUGUCUGGAGAUCUGCCUGGAAUGCUGCUCCAUCUGUUUCCCUGCCUAAUGGGAUUCUCUACAGAAUGAUAUCAAGUGCUCAAAGGACCGUAAGUGUCGGAUAAAUGUGUUAGCGUUAUCCCGCAUUUUGUAUUUAUUUAGUAUGAAGAAUGAAUUUGUUGCAUUGAUCAAAGUUGGACUGCUCUGUAUGCUAUUCUCUGAAUUCAGACAGGUGUGUUAUUGUUUGUACUGUAUGUUAAAAUGGGUUACGUUUUUCCUUGUUUCAGUGUAAUUAUAUAUUUAAGUACUGCGUAAUAAUAAUUAAUUACAUGUACUUGCUAUUGGGUUAGGGUAGGAUUUAUACAACAGUAAAUCUUGUAACAUAUGUAACAAGGACCCUGUAAAAUGCACACAAAUUCAGCUGGUCAUGUGAUCACAACAUAUGAGAGUUAUAUUAUAUUCUGCACUUUUAAGAGCUUAAGCUUAGAAGUUUUCCUCCAGUAAGCUCAAAGAUGUGUCAGACUCUUCUACUUAAGGUUAGAAAUGUGCAUUAUGAUCAAAAUACUUUUGCCAUCCUUGCGAGUGUUUCAUAGCACACAUGCGACCUGCACAGGUGCAUGCAUGAGCAAUAAAUACCUUAAUGCAUUGAACAUCUUCAUCAACUGUGAUUUUAUACAACAUAGAAAAUAAAUCUAGAGAGUAAUUUGCUUUGAACAAACUCCUGUAAUACUCUCUGUUUUUAAAGUGUAACCGUUUUGCGUGACAGCUGAGAAUAAGGCGUAAGGAUCUUUGUUCUCUGUCUGUUCUCAGCACUCUUUAUCUAAAGUGUGUGUGGCAGGAAGCC